CGGCGGCGACGGCGACGAGGCCCGCGCGCUCCCCCGGCCCCUGCCCCGGCUGCGCGGGCCCCCGCCGGGCCCAUGGGCGGCGCCGGUCCCCGUGCGCCCCGGACGCGAGCAGCGGCGAGGUCUGGCACCAUGCCCGGUCCCUCCGAACUGUAGGCCACAUCCCUGGCCUUCGGAGCAGCCCCUGUGCACUGCAGGGCUCACCCCCUCCCCACUGCCCACUGCCCCACCAUGGCUGGGGACCGGCUCCCUCGGAAGGUGAUGGAUGCCAAGAAGCUGGCCAGCCUCCUGCGGGGCGGACCUGGGGGACCAUUGGUCAUCGACAGCCGCUCUUUUGUGGAGUACAACAGCUGGCACGUGCUCAGCUCUGUCAACAUCUGCUGCUCCAAGCUGGUGAAGCGGCGGCUGCAGCAGGGCAAGGUGACCAUCGCCGAGCUCAUCCAGCCAGCCGUGCGCGGCCAGGUGGAGGCCGCAGAGCCACAGGACGUGGUAGUGUAUGACCAGAGCACACGGGACGCCAGCGUGCUGGCUGCGGACAGUUUCCUCUCCAUCCUGCUCAGCAAGCUGGACGGCUGCUUCGACAGCGUGGCCAUCCUCACGGGGGGCUUUGCCACCUUCUCCUCCUGCUUCCCUGGCCUCUGUGAGGGCAAGCCUGCUGCCCUGCUGCCCAUGAGCCUCUCCCAGCCCUGCCUGCCUGUGCCCAGUGUGGGCCUGACCCGCAUCCUGCCUCACCUCUACCUGGGCUCUCAGAAAGAUGUCCUGAACAAGGACCUGAUGACCCAGAAUGGAAUAAGCUAUGUCCUCAAUGCCAGCAACUCCUGCCCCAAGCCAGACUUCAUCUGUGAGAGCCGCUUCAUGCGCAUUCCCAUCAAUGACAACUACUGCGAAAAGCUGCUGCCCUGGCUGGACAAGUCCAUUGAGUUCAUUGAUAAAGCUAAGCUGUCCAGCUGCCAAGUCAUCGUCCACUGUCUGGCUGGCAUCUCCCGCUCUGCCACCAUCGCCAUCGCGUACAUCAUGAAGACCAUGGGCAUGUCCUCUGACGAUGCCUACAGGUUCGUGAAGGACCGGCGCCCAUCCAUCUCUCCCAACUUCAACUUCCUGGGCCAGCUGCUGGAGUAUGAGCGCAGCCUGAAGCUGCUGGCUGCCCUGCAGGGGGACGGGGCGUCCCACCCGGGGACCCCUGAGCCCCUCCCGGGCCCCGCCGCCCCGCUGCCGCCGCCACCACCUACCUCAGAGAGCGCUGCCACCGGGAGCGCGGCGGCCAGUGCGGCCAGGGAGGGCGUGCCUGGCACCGGCGGGGAGCUGCCCGCGCCUGCCCCCGCCCCGGCCACCAGCGCGCUGCAGCAGGGCCUGCGUGGCCUGCACCUGUCCUCCGACCGCCUCCAGGACACCAACCGCCUGAAGCGCUCUUUCUCCCUGGACAUCAAGUCGGCCUAUGCCCCCAGCCGGCGGCCCGACGACCCGGGGCCCCCCGACCCUGGCGAGGCCCCCAAGCUCUGCAAGCUGGACAGCCCGUCGGGGGGCGCGCUGGGCCUGCCCUCGCCGGGCCCCGACAGCCCGGACGCGGUGCCGGAGACGCGCCCGCGCCUCCGCCGGCGGCCCCGGCCUCCCGCCGGCUCCCCGGCGCGCUCCCCGGCGCCCGGGCUCGGCCUGAACUUCGGUGACGCCGCCCGGCAGACUCCGCGGCUCGGCCUCUCGGCCCUGUCGGCCCCUGGGCUGCCUGGCCCCGGCCAGCCCGUGGGCCCCGGGAGCUGGGUGCCGCCGCUCGACUCCCCCGGCACGCCGUCGCCCGACGGGCCCUGGUGCUUCAGCCCCGAGGGGGCACAGGGCGCGGGCGGCGCGCGGUUUGCGCCCUUCGGCCGGGCGGGCGCUCAGGGCGCGGGGGGCGGCGACCUGCGGCGGCGGGAGGCGGCGAGGGCUGAGGCCCGGGACGCGCGGACCGGCUGGCCCGACGAGCCGGCCCCGGAGACGCAGUUCAAGCGCCGAAGCUGCCAGAUGGAGUUCGAGGAGGGCAUGGUGGAGGGGCGCGCGCGGGGCGAGGAGCUGGCCGCCCUGGGCAAGCAGGCCAGCUUCUCGGGCAGCGUGGAGGUCAUCGAGGUGUCCUGACGGCGGCCAGGGACCGGCGCCCGGCGCUCCGCUGCCCUCGGCUCCUGGCCUGGGUCGCCAGCAGCCGGCCCGCUAUAAAUAUAUAUUAUAUAUAAUGCAAAGAAAGGUAAAUGGUUUUACUGCGAUUUUUAUCGAGAAGUAAAUAUUUCGAUUUUUUAUUUAUUUAAGCUGUUCAUUCUGGCAAUGAUUUGGCAACAGUGCGGGCGGUCCUCGGAGCUCUAUUUUUACUGUCUGGUAUUUAAACUGAAACACACGUUUCUAAGCAAUAUGAGGCCACCUUCAGCCCCAAGCUGGGGUGCCAGGCCUGGGGUCCCCUCCCCACUCCCCCCCCCCCAGGAAACACUGCUGACCGUUGCAAAGAGGCUGCCAAGCUUUCGUGCACUUUUUACAUAAGAAAAAGGGGAAAAAGGAGAAAAAAACUUUGCCACAAACUGAGCCGCAGAACCUCCCUGCCCCUCCCUGCCCCUCCCUGCCCCUCCCUGCCCCCUCCUCUCCAUUCCUCCUCCUCUGCUCCUUUCUUGGGCUCUGCACCAAAGUCUAGGUGGGGGACAUGUCCCAGGAGCUGGGGUGUGGCCGAGGCGGCUCUGCCAGCUGGAGGCACCCCCAACCCCUGCCCUCUGCCUCCCCCGCCCCCCACCCCGCCCCAUUGCCCGGUUGAUAUAGACUGGCUUUGGGCCUGGAGAGGCUAGAGUAUUCGGAGCAGGCUGGGGAUAAGACAGGAUAGGGGCUCCAUGAGGGGGCUCUUGAGUGUCACAUGCCCUGGGUCCCCAGGGCAGGGAUGGAGGCGAAAUGCCUCCCACUCCUGCCUGAGACCAGGGCCAGUUUCUCGGGUUCAGCAAGGCUGUUCCGUGGAGGCUGCUCCUCCUCCUCUACUCGGGGGUGCUGCUCCGCACCACCUGCCAGGUGAGGGAAAGAGGAGAGGCGCCGGGCCCCAGUGGGUAUGAGGCAGGAGGAGCUGGACUAGCCAGUGCUGUCUCCACUGGUCAGAGGGCAGAUGCAUUUAGAGUCUGGUUCUGGGCUCUUCCCCCGCUGGCCCCAGGCCAAACUUGGAAUUCAGGUAUGUUCCUACAGGUGGAGGGCCUCCACCAGGAGCUGGCUGCCUUGCUGACUGAGGGGGUAGUUAAGCACCUGUCAGACCCUUAUGCUUCCAGGGGAUGGGGGUCCUUAGCUUUGGGAGAGCCAUCUCCAAACAAAGACCCCUGAUAUGGGCAGGUGCAGGUGUCCCCCCCCACCUGCCCCAGCCCCACGGGGUCCUUGAAGAAGAGCACUCCCAUACUCCCCUGGGGAGCUCUCACCUCUGAAGCCUCCCUAGUAUCUUCAAGUGAUAUGCCAGGUGGCCUGUUGGCCCGGGUGGGCUGGCCUGGCACUAAAGCAGGGAAAAGCCACAGCUGCACCUGCCCCACACCCUCUUGGGUCACUGGGACCCAUGGCUUUUGGAGGCAGGAGAUGUCCCCCAACCCUCAGAUGUCCUAGUGUCUAGUGGAGGGGGGGGGGUGACUGGUCGCCUCGGGGAAGAAGCCAGGGGCUUGGCAGGAGGGGCAGCUGGGUGGACUGAGUCUUCAGGCAGCUGCCCUGUGGCUGUUUCUUCUGUUUGUUCUGUUGACCUGCAGCCCCGUGCACCUGUCAUCCCUCCUUUAAGCAAAAGUCCUCUUCCUGUUCCCUCUGUCCCCACCCCAUUUCCCAAGAAAAUAAGCUAUCAUUGUUGUGUUUGCAAUCUAUGGAUUAGAGGUUUAAGUAUUUAUUAUUGGUUAAUUAUUAUUAUGAUUGAUUAUGUAAACUUGCCUUCUGUCUGUCUAUCGCGUUGGGUUUCUGAGGUGACCCUGGGUGUGGAGGAUGCACUGGUCCCCACCUCCGCGCCCCACCCCUGUGCUGUCCAGGAGACAGUGGUCUGGGGCCACUGGUUGGGCCCAAAACUCUGGAGGCAGGUCCCGCAGCCCCAGUUCUUCCCCUCUCUUUGCCCUCUGCCCUUUCUCUAGGGCCGCCAGCAUCUCUUGUAACUUAGGUCUUGGAGUGGGGGGGCUCUUGCUCUUGAGGCACUGGUCACCCCAAAGUGAGCAGCUGCAAUGUGUGGGGAGGUCCUGUCUUGGCCACCCCUCUCUUGUCCUGGGGGGACUGGGCCCUGGCACGCAUCCCUCCCCGGUCACUUCCACAUACUGCCUGAGGUGAGGCAGGGGCCAGGCCCUAGCCCUCUCCAAGUCUCUCAGUCCUCCUCCCCCCUCCCUGGCUCUGGCAUUGGGGGUCAUCCCAGAAUGGACCCCGCCCCCUCCUAAUAUUUGCUGGAAAGUCCAGCGGAGGAGAGGUGGCAGGUCCCCCGCAUGGCUCCCAGUCUCUCUGGACUGGGCAGUCCGCCCCCACCUUAGAACCCUUCCCCCAGUGCGGCCACACUCUGCUCCCUGUCCUGUCCCCUUCUUUUGUAUUUGGAAACAACGUGUUGUAAUAAAUCCUGAGAUGGAUGUUUUCUCCAUG